AUGGAAGGAACAGAGAAUUUAAUGUGUCAAUCAGGUGACUCAUUCAACCCUUGGGUCACAAGCAGCUUCCAGGUCUCCUGCAUCCUCGUCACUUCUCAUAUCUUUCACAUCCUCUUGAAACCCUUGGGGCAACCUGGUCCUUUUGCUCAACUUCUGUCUGGUGUUGUUGUCGGCCCAACAUUGUUGACUCGGAUAAGCGAAGUUAAGGAUUUCUUCAUCCAGGCCUCUUCUGCAGAAUACUACAUGUUCUUCUCUUUCUUGUGUCGGAUGCUGUUUAUGUUCUCCAUCGGGUUGGAAACUGAUAUUCCUUAUUUGAAACACAAUUUCCGUGUUGUGAGUAUCGUUGCCGGCGGUGGUUUGUUCUUGUCCAUCAUCUUUGCCGGACCUCUCUUGUGGUUGCUUAUCAGGGUGUUCAGAGUGGUUGAACACCGCCUCACGUUCUACCUCCUCAUUUUCACCGUCUUGGCAAAUUCGGCCUCUCCCGUCGUCCUCCGGAUGAUGGCGGAAACCAAGUCCGACACCACUGAUUUAGGCCGGCUGGCGAUAUACGCUUCCCUCCUUAACGAGAUGUUCUGCGUCGUAAUCGUCUCUACGGUAACGGCCUGCUCAUCCUCCCGACAUUUCAAGACUGCAAUGCUUGUCACUUUUGUUACCGUGACAGUCAUCUUUCUCAACAAGUAUUUGUCCUUGUUUUUCAACAAGAGGAACCGGCAUAAUAGAUUUGUGACCAACAGUGAAAUUUUCAUCAUCAUGUUCCUUCUCACGAGCGCGUCCACGUUCUUGGAAAACACUGGCUUCACAUCGAUAACAUGUUGUUUCCUGGUAGGCCUCACGUUCCCUAGGGAAUGCAAAACGUAUCGGACAUUGCUGCAUAAACUCACUUACGCCGUCAAUACAUUCAUUCUUCCGGUCUACUUCGGCUACGCCGGCUUCCAGUUCAAUAUAAGCAGUGUCUUUAAUAAAUUCACUGUUGUUCUUGCCACCAUCAUCAUUGUCCUCUGUGCCGGCACGCGAAUCGCCGGCACACUCGCCACUUGUUAUUACCUCAAGAUCCCCAGGAACGAGUCUCUCAUACUUUCUUUAUUACUCAACAUGAAAGGCAAUUACGACCUUAUACUCAUUAACACUCCUCCUGUACCCAAGCUGUGGGAAGGAGACAUUCACGAUUUGUUCGUCAGCGUCGUGAUUCUCAACACAUUGAUCAUAGCACCGGUGGUUGCAAUCUGGUUGAACAGAGACGAGUGUUUUUCUCAUCAUCCAACCACGCUGGAAAUACUUAAUCAGGAGAGCGAGCUUCGUGUACUGGCUUGUGUAUACAUCCCACGCCAUGUUUCGGGGCACAUUAGCCUCAUCUCGGCAUUGAGCGGCUGUCGAAACGUGCCGAUCAAGCCCUUCCUGGUGCACCUUGUGGGGCUUCCUAAGAAAAGGGAAAGCAAAUUGAUGUACCAUCAACUGGAAGAUGGCGAUCAAUACAGCGACGAGGAAGACUACGGUGGAAACGAUGUCGUCGAGAUCAGCGACACUCUAGAUCCCUUCAUUUUUGAAACCAAAAUCUUGGUCCACCAGUCUAAGAUUGUAUCAUCCCUUCUAACCAUAGACCAAGAUGUAUGCGAAUGUGCUAAGGACUUGCUUGUGUCUAUUAUAUUCCUUCCGUUCCAUAAGUACCAAAGAAUUGAUGGGAAAAUGGAAAACAGCAUGGAGGAAAUAAGGACUAUAAACCACAAGGUUAUCCGAGAUGCUCCAUGUUCUGUCGGUAUCUUUAUCGACCGUGGACAGACCGGAUUCCAACAACCACACGGCUCUCCCACCGUGCAAAACAUAGCGACAUUCUUCUUCGGCGGCCCUGACGAUCGUGAGGCUUUAGCAUGCAGCAAGAGAAUGUUGACGCACAGUCAAGUUAAUCUAACGGUGUUCCGCUUCAUACAAACAAUUACAAGACAAAAUUCUUGGAUUAACAAUGCUUCACAAAAGGAUGAGGAGGUGAUCAUGGCGAUAUCGACCGCCGGGGCAGAGAACGAGAUCGACAACGCCUUUGUCGACACGUUUUAUAACCGGUUUGUCUCUCAGGGUAAAGCCAGUCUGGUUGAGAAGCAUGUGAGCAAUGUGGCAGAGACAUUAGCAGCUCUAAGAGAGAUAUUGGACGAAAUGUACUCAUUGGUGAUAGUCGGCAAAGGAGGAAGAAGGAAUUGCCCCUUGACGACCGGUUUAAGCGAUUGGGAGGAGUGUCCGGAGCUCGGCUCCGUAGGUGAUCUCUUGGCAUCUGCAGAAAUGAAUAUGAACGGCUCCCUCUUGGUCAUCCAACGACACCGACAUUCCGAGACUAACGAGAACUUCAUCGCUCCAUAGUCAAUAUAGUUCCCGUUGCUGCUAAAACUGUCGCUGCUACUGGCAAUGCACCCAUGUAAACUAUUUGUAUAAUAGCUGCCAUGCUAGCUCUUGCCAAAGGUUCUGCUCCUUUAGCCUAAAUGCAGAUAGUUAUAGUCCAA